AUGAGCUCUGAAAUUGCUCCAACAACCCUACCUGGAUACCCCGCACACCAACAACAGCCAAGUGAGGGUGGCUUCUACCUACUUCCAGGUGCCUGCCCCUCAUUUCCCGUGCAGCAACAACCAACAUUAAGCGCCGUGCACAACACGAAUACAACAGUUGUAAUACAACAACAACCUGCAGCGGUGAUUGUCCAGCAACAACGAGACUGGAGCACUGGAAUUUAUGAUUGUUUUGAUGACUGUGGAGUUUGUAAGUCAGGGGGGGGCAGGGAUGGGUCAAAGGGAGAAAUGUCCACGAACUAUGAACUAUCAAAGGACCAAACAAAAUUACAACAUAGUUCUUCCAUCCCCCAGUGAAAAUUCCCCCGGCCCAUCUUGCAACCAUUCCCCCAUUACGUCUUCUCUUCCAGUGCUGAGGUGAUUUAAUAUUAGACAGAGUAAAAUUGUCUGCUGUUAGACAGAGUAAAAUAACCUGGCAUUAGACAGUAAAAUUAUAAAGUAGAGCGCAUUGACUGGGGCGUAAUGCGUCUCAGUGGGUUAAUCACACGACACAGGUGGAAAAUUUUAAAUGCAUGCAGUAAUGCACAGAAACCUCUGUCAAGGAAAGAGCUUCAGAACCAUUGACACUGGGGGCAAAAAAAAUUAUCUGAAUUCUACCUUAAUGUAAGACUUCUAGAUAUAUUCUGAUUACUGCAAGUUGACUAUACCCGUAUGAAGCUAGUGCUAAGUGAAACUUGCGCAUGCUACACCAACAACCUCAAUGUUGUACAUAAUGAUGUACUAGUUUCUAUGAAUUUGAUUUUGCUUUCAGGUCUUCUUGGCUGGUUGUGCCCGUGCAUUCUUCAAUGCAUGGUCAGUAACAAAGCUGGUGAGUGUUGUUGUGUGGGAUUCAUGUGUCCAAUUGCCUUGAGAACCAAGAUAAGGACAAGACAUAACAUUGCAGUAAGUGUGGCUCUUUCUCGUCUUCUAAUGGCGUAGCAUGCCAAAGCGCCUGGGUAUAUGAGACUGGGUCCUUUAGGCAGAGCAGUUUAGAACUGACAGAGCUAUGUAGUAUGCAGCCAAUUCAACCCUUAAACUCUAAAUCUUAAACUCCAAGCGUACAAAGCUUAAUGGGAGCACAAGUUUCAAUCUUAUAGUAGUUGAAUAUUGCAGCUAUUUGUGAACAAAUGCAUGGGCCCCCUCAUGCUUGGCAAGCUUAGAGUUUAAAGUUUAGGGUUUAGAGUUUAAGGUUUGCAAAGGACAAACUUUUUUGAAUAGUAAAUAAAACUAGUUUAGUUUAGGUUUCCACCUGUAGUCUGCAUGGUAACAUUUAAACCAGUAAGAAAGAUGGGCCGUACUGGUGCUCUAGGGAGAACGGUUUAGAUCCAAUAUAAAUAUAGUUAGUUAAUUAUUGCAUUGUUUAUUUCGACAGGGAAGUAUUGUGGGGGACUCCGAAGCACUGUCAUGCUGUGGGAUCUGUGCAAUGUGUCAAAUGGCAAGAGAACUCAACCUCCAUGGAAUUUAACCAUCAAAUAUAAACGACAAACUUUUUAUCUUUUAAAACUGUUUGUAAUGGAACAUUAA